AAAGAUAUUUACGAGGCAUCUAUUUUAUAUAAACAAAUGACUGAGAAAGGCAUAGAAAAUGAUAGUUAUUUAUUUGCUGCCUUAAUUUAUCUGCGCGGAAUACUUGAUGAUUCGGAAGGUGCCAGGAAAACAUACGACAAAAUGAAAGCAGCUGGAGUUAUUCCCAACACUAUAUUAUUUAAUCAGCUCAUAUAUUCUCACGCUCGUGACAAGAAAGUAAAUGCAUCGCAGAUCGAAGCUUUGUAUCUCGAAAUGUUGGCAGAAAAAUUAGAGCCAAAUCAUUAUACAUUUGAACUACUUAUUGAUGCGAUGUCCAAAAGACAUGCAUUUGCAAAGAUAUGCGGAGUUUUUAAUGAAAUGUCCCAAAGAAAUAUCCCUAUAACAAAUGUAGCUUACAAUUCUCCAAUUCGUCAUCAUGGAUUAGCAGGAAACACAGAACUUGCCUGGAAAUUUUUCAACCGAAUGAUAUCUGCUGGAAUAGAACCAUCUAUGUAUAUUUAUACUUCUAUAAUAUCCCUUGCUACUGCAUCGUCCGAUUUUGCAAUAGCUAUUAAAGCUUUUAAAGACCUCUUAACACGUGGUCUCAAACCCAAUGUUCAUGUUUAUUCAGCCUUGAUCACUGCAUUGGUAAAAUCGGGGAAUACAGAAAAAGCAAUUGAAAUGCUUCAUCAUAUGGUUAACCAUGGUGUAUCGCCUAACCACAUAACUUUUACAUCAUUAAUUCAAGGGUUUGCAAUUAAGCGUAAUUAUGAGAAAGGUAAAGAAAUGUAUGAAAUGAUGAAAAAAUCAAAUAUUAUUCCAGAUAGAUUCACAUUUUAUCAUUUGGAGAAAUUGUACAAAACGACUGGACACAUUGAGGAUAUUAAAGAGUUGUAUGAAGAUAUUAAAAGAUACGGUAUAGAUCCUCAAUCUCGUGAUCGCAUCCUGAUAAAAGGGAAAGGCUCGUAUUAUUGGAGAUCAAGGAUCUUGAUAAAACGAAGAAUUGAACGACAAAAAGCAAACACUGAUCCUGAAGAGCAAUAUGCUAUCAAAAAGCGGCAGCGUAAAAUAUGGAAAAGACGCAAUCUAAUACGAGAAGCAGCAUUGCAAAGAUUAUAUUCUAAACUUCAAAGUAGUCAAAAUUUAGAACCAUAUCCAAUAUGGAAAAAAAUAUAUAUUCAAGAAAAUUAUGAAGAUUUGCAACGAUAUAAAAAAUCUGGAUCAUUUCCAUUUUAA